AUGGACCAACACUUUCGGGUGCUGGGCAUCCCGCGCGGCUGCGACGAGGCGGCGCUGAAGAAGGCGUACCGCCAGAAGGCCCUGGCGCUGCACCCCGACCGCAACCCCGGCGGCACCGAGCAGUUCAAGAAGGUCAACGAGGCCUACGAGGCCCUCUGCGUGCACUUCCGCCGCAACGGUGGGCACGACUCGGCAAAUGUGCGGACUGCCACCGGCGUCGGUGGCGGAAGGCCGGGCAGCCGACCGCCGGCGACCUUCUUUAGCUUCAGCAAGUACUACACCAACGCGGGGUCCGGGUAUCAGUACGCGCGGCGCACGCACUCCACCGAGGAGGCCCCGCACAUCUUUACGGAGGAGGAGCUCUUCGGCUCCCCCCCCGGCGGCUUCGCCUACGACCGGCACUACGGCAGGCCCAAGUUCCCCACACAGGCCGGCAGCAAUGCCGGCGAAAGGAGCAACGACGCCAACGCGAAGGGGGGCGGAGGCACCUACCGCUUCGGCACCUCACAAAUGUAUGAAAAAGCGGACGAACGCUGGCGCCGCGCCCACGGCGAGCGCGUGCCUGUUAGUGGCUACUCCAUGAAUAGCGGUGCCGCGCCUCCUCCCCCGCCGCCGCAGCCGGCGCAGUCCCAGCGGCAACAGCAGUCGACGCGGCCGCGGCCCACGCCAUCGCCCUCCGCAUUUGCGGCGGACGUUGGUGGUGGCGUCGACGGCCGUCAACGAGAGGAGGGCGGCAAACGCAACGUGGAUGAGAGGGGCGGCGGUGGAGGCGCCAAGCGGAGACCCACCAGUCGCGGGGGCAGUAAAACGUACAGCUACUUUACCCCCGACCUCAAUGGGAACAAUGCGUACGCGUUCGAUCCUGACAACCACGACUCCAGCGCCGUUGAAGAGGAGGAGCCUUCCUUCGCGUCGACCUCCUCGCCUGUAAACGAUAUUCUUAACGAGUUUGAGAUGCAGCAAACCCUGCAGGAGAUGCGUCGUGAGUGGGAGCGUCUGAAGAGAGACAUGGACCGCAAAAUGGCUGGAUCGGCGUCGCUGCCCAGACGCCAGAGGGAGGGGCGGGAGGGAACCGAUGUGGAUAACGAAGAGGAUUACGUGAUGCACAAGCGACCACCGCCGCGACGCGAGGACGAGGCGUUCCAGCGGCGCCUGCGCGAGCAGCAACGCCUCAAUGAGGCACACAUGCGCGGCAUUCUGGAGGAGAGGCUGCAGCUGAAGAAGAUUCUCUUUACGCAGCGCUACACACCGGACCCGGCGGACGUCGCGCUAAUGAGUGACAGUGAGGUGUUCGUGCUCUGCGAGCUCCUGGCUGAUGUGGGGAAGCGCAUGCAGCUGGUCCUGAAGGGUCGAAUGACGAAGGGGCUCUGCAGCCGCUGUGCGGCGGCCGCCAAGCUGCAAGGAAGAAGCAUCUUCACCUGCGGCCACACCUCCGUCUGUGCGGAGUGUGCAAUGACGUGCGGCGUGUGCCCGGUUUGUGCCGCCACGCGCCGUGUUUGA